UUCACGAUUUGCGCUUUCAUUUCACCAGGGACGAUUUUCACGAAGGAUGUCAGUCCCAAAAGCUCUGAAAGUAAGAGGAGUUUCGAGGCCAGACAAAAUUGGAAUUGUAGCCAGAACUUUGAGAGAGGCGUUACUGAAAGGAUGUGAUAAAUUAAAGAUACCCUAUGAUGGCACCCAAAUUCACCUUGAAGAGGAUGGAACUCUGAUAACAGAUGACGACUAUUUCCAAACCUUACAGACCAACACCUGCCUGGUUCUUGUGGAAAUAGGCCAAUCCUGGCUUGGAGGGUUUGACAUGUUUAAGAGGAGCCUCGAAGACGCACUCGCAGCACUGAGUCAGGGGAACCUGUCAAGCGAAAUUGAAGCAUUUCUUAAGGAGAAACUGUCCACUACCCGCCAGGCCUUAGUGGAGUUUGUCUAUUCACAGCAAGGAAACAUAGCAGCUGAAAGAAGAGAUGAAGACCCUGAAUGGUUUCAAGGUAUGGACCAACGCUUCAAAACAAAGUCCCAUGUGAUGUUUGUCAAGGCCCAGGAGAGAGUGCGAGGCUAUUUUUCAAAGACCAAAGAGAUGUUAGCGAAUGAGUCAACAAACUACACCAGAGCUGCUCUAGAUCGACGAGCUAGGGUCAUCACAGCGCUGAAGGAUGGGCUGAAAGAGAAAGAGUACCAUGGUGUGUAUUUCAAGAGAAAUGCAGACUGUGAGGCCCGUCUGUGCGACCUCCUAGGAUGGUUCUCAUGUCAGGGGGCUUAUGACACUACUGAAUGCUGCUACCAUCACUCUAUUAACCCAUACCUCAACAAGGAGAGCAUGAUCCUGUUCAGCACCUGGAAUCUAGAUCAUGUGAUUGAGAAAAGUCGCUCAGUGAUACCAGGUCUGGAGGAGGCCAUUCGCAAUUGUCCAGCGCAGAAGGAGGUCAACGUGCCGUACUUCUACGACCUCCUCUUCACCAGGAAGAACCUAAAACUGGUUGAUAUACGCUGCCACAAGAAAGGUAUCCAUACAGGAAGGGUGGAUAAGAAACGCUUCUAUAGGAGACCAACAGGCCAAGGGAGAUGAUACUGGUAUUUGGGUCCCACAGCCGAUCGCUGUAUAGGUCAAUCUGUGGCCUGUUUGUUUCUUACUGGAUCCUGAUCGAGAUCAUGUGAUCCAGGACCGUGCGAAAACAAAGAGAACUACUCUCCCGUAUCGAAUCCUUGAGCCGCACACAAAUUUUCUCUGCUUAAGAUUUUGUACGUAGAAAGGCUUUUUUAAUGAUAAGCUAACUAUAAUUUCCAGAAAAAGUUAAUUAGUCGUACUCUUUUUAAUCACGAAAAGACAUUCUAAAAGAAUUAUGAAGAAAAAUUGUCACAAAAGCUCAUUUGAUGCUCCAAAUCUACUAAAUAAUACCACUUUUUCUCGCCUUCCGCUGUGCAAGUCAUUAUCUUUGAUCUUGCGAACCCACCUCAUGGGCAGAAUCCGUUCAAACGUUAUUCGGAGCAGCUAUCGACACGUUGGAUCACUGAUCGCGAUCCGAUCUGCGCAAAACAAAAAGGCCCUAUAAAUUUGGGUUCCACUUUUUUCCUGCCCCGUUAACAUCCCGGCCUGACAUUUUUCAGACUUUGAAAUCAAACUUUGUGAUUUGUUUAACUACACGUACGUACCCAACAAUAAAAAAUCAUUUGUGAAGUCAUUCUUAAUGAUACUUGAAUGGCAAAUUACAAAGUACCAAGGUAACAGGGACAGGAAAAAUGUCACACUUUGGACCCUAAAUUUAUAGAACAACCGUUUUUCUAGAAGUCGCAGGUUCGAUUCCAUUUCUGUCAUUUUCUUUCUUUGACAUAAUAUCGAGUGAAAGUGAACCUAGUCUAUUUGCCGUUCUAUUUGAAGAU